UGGAACACUUAUCCGUCCACGCGUUACUCUGAGCCGCAAAAUCUUUCUCACUUCUUCUCUCUCUCCAUCUCAGCAUCAGGCGGAGAGCACCAGCAGGUCGUCGCCUCCGUUGAUGCAGCAGGCCACCGCCGCCGCCGCCGCCGCCGCCGUUGGGGGCGCCGUAGGAUCAGCGACGCGGUUCCGUGGGGGCAGCGCCGCCGUCGCCGGUGGGGGCGCCGCGGUUACCGGUGAGGCUCCGCGGGGAUAGCGCCGCUGGAGCCGGUGGAGGCGCCGCCGGAGCAGCGCCACCGUCGCCUGUGUGGGCGCGGUGCGUGGAGGUUGUGGUCACGCCGGUGUCGACAGUGGAGGCGUUGUAGGAGCAACACCGCGUGUGUAGGUUACGGCCGCCCUGACGUCCGUCGGUGGGCGCCCACGGCAGCAGGACCACGCCUGGAGGUUUAAGGUCACGCCGCCGUCGUCCCUUGGGUCCCGCAAGGAGCUGCACUAUGCCAGGAGGCGACCACGCGGGUGGAAGGCCGAUUGCAGACAUGGCGAGUAUCUCGGUUGCAACAUCAUGGCAGUUUCCCUCCAGGAGGGUCGCGCUUUCAUCGUCGGCGAUCUUGCCUCAGUAAAUGUUGGAGGGCCAUGAGGCAUGGGAUCGCGGUCAUUCUUGACUACAAGGCCACGCCAUCGUUGCAUCAGCAAGGUUGGACAAUACUAAAGACUAUUGACUCCCUCACGAGGAAGGCAGGCUACAAUGGCACCAUCACUGAGUCUUUGAGGAGCAAAAUCCGCGUCACCCGCUACCAGAGCACGCUGUACACCAUGCACUAUGGUGAAUAUGCUGCAUCUGUCAAGAACAGAGAUGAAAUUAACAUGGCGCCCGUAGUUAAUGGCUCCAAAUAAAGCCAAUGAUUUAGCAUCUGUAUUGCAGCAGAUAAUAUAAACUAUUUAUGAUUUGUCUCAGAAGGUAAUUGGGGGUAAGAAUUUUUUCAAAAAUCGACCCCAAAUCAAUGAUAUGCCAUCAUUUCAUUCAUUCCAUGGAAUUUGGGGUGCCAUGUCAACACCCCCCCCCCAUAAAAUUAUGUCAUUCUGGGAUAAAUGAUGAUGGUUAUGUAUCUGUAAACCUAUGCACUACUAUGUACAAUUAUAAAUAAUUUGAAUAUUUCAGU